CAUUCUAUAGACAAAUCUUACCAUCUAUCAACUCGUUUUCCUUCCUUCCCGACCAACUCAGGAAUUUUCCUCCCGCCAGACUCGCCCGUUUCUCAACAAAGAAGACGAAACAGGAAAAACGGAACACAAAAUCGAACACCAAAGAUAUGCUUCGUCUCUGUUUUACACCCCGCCGAUAUUCUAAGCAUAAUCUUCUUCGACGCUCUUUCUCGUCCAAAAACUCUGUUCAGACCUUGCACAAUCUCAAUAAUUCCCACUCUGUAUCACCACAACCACCGACAUGCCCUCCAAUCCCGCAAAACCAUCUCUACCCUCAACCCCCAACCACCACCGCUACCACUUCCUUUCUUUCACGAAAUUCCGUCUUUCUCUUCUCCGCCACGAUCUUCUCUGCUCUGUUUGCCACCUUUACUUUCCUCCCUCCCGAUAAGCCACCGCAGAAUGAUCGCCCCGACAGUAACCCUAAUUUUAACCCUAUUUCAACCGCCAUUAGCCACACAAUAUAUAAAUCAAACGAUUCCUUCCAGAGAAUUCUUCAUCACGUGAAGCAGACGGGACUUGCUGCCUCCGUUCUAUGGCAAUCGCUGAGGUCAGUCUUGUCGUCGGCUAACCAAGAAGUCCGGUCUGGUUUUGAGCUGCGAGUGGCGGCACUUCUUGCCGAUAUUGCGGCUGCAAAUGCAGCGCGCCGGGCAGCGAUCGUUCGGGCGGGUGGUGGGGCCGUGGUCGAUUGGCUACUUGAGACAGUUGCGGUUCUUGGGGAUGGAUGUGGAACCCAGGCAGAGGCGGCCAGGGCGCUUGCCUACCUGAUUGCGGAUCCUAUCGUCUCCAAGGAUGUGCUUGGGAGGCCCCACGCUGUGCCCAAUUUGUUGAGGUUUAUUUUUUCAUGUCAACCCAAUAAAAAGAAGCACUCAAGACGUAGUUCACUCGAUGUUUCUGAUUCUUUGAAAGGUAGGAGCAUGCUUGUGGCUGCCAUUAUGGAUAUUGUGACUUCAAAUUUUGAAAGCUCGGAGAAGUUUUCCUUUAACUCAUUAUUGCCAGAAAACGCUGAGAUGGGGGACAUUGCAUCUGCCAUUGAAGUCAUUGAGGAAGGCGGUAUGCAUUUAGAUGAGCCACAUAAUAAUGAAGACGAUGAUGAUGGUGGAAGCGGAAUCAGAGGGAUUGGGAUUAAAAUUCUUGAAGGCACAACAGUCAUAGGUCUUUCAAGAACUAGUGGCUUUAUGGAAUUGGGUGACUCUGAUGCUGGUCUUGUAGAGCAUACUCCUAAAACCGUUUCUUUGCUGAGCAAACAUGAUCCCUCACUAUCACGAAGAAAUUUGUCAUCUGCUGUUGUUCCUGGUCUUUGGGAUGAUUUGCAUUGCCAACAUGUUGCAGUGCCAUUUGCUACAUGGGCAUUGGCAAAUUGGGCAAUGGCAUCAACCACCAAUAGAUCUCAUAUUCAGGAACUGGAUAAAGAUGGAUAUGCUGUAAUGACUGCUUUAGUGGCACCUGAGAGAUCUGUUAAAUGGCACGGAAGUUUGGUUGCUAGAUUGCUGCUGGAGGAUCGCAAUCUUCCUUUGAGUGAUUCAGUUUCUGAUUGGAGUUCCAUUCUUCUUUCUACUGUGUCUCAUGCAAGCAAAAAUGAGGACUUCUCUUUGGCACAAGCUGCUUUGUCUGCCUUUUUAAUUGCCGUUGAUAGAAGUGCUGAGGCACAGAAGAUGGUAAUGGAGAAGGGUCUUCAUCUGAUGAGGGACAUUGCUAAGCAGACGACAAAGCAUAAGCAUUUGCAAGAGGCAUUGGCGAAGGCUUUAGAAUUCCUUUGUACUGGAAACAUGCAUUUAUCUCUUGAAGAAGGUCAGAAAUGGUCUGGCAUACUGCUUCCUUGGGUUUUUGGAAAACAUUCAUCCUACACCAUCCAAUGUUCAGCCAUACGAAUUCUUUCAUGCAUUCUAGAAGACUAUGGACCAUCUGCUGUUCCAAUUUCUCAAGGAUGGUUAGCUAUUCUUUUGAAUGAAAGUCUACAUUCUAGUAAUGCAUCUUCUGUUAAAAGUGAAAUAGCUAAGACUGCAAAUCAGUUAGCAGGUGCUGUUGUUAAUCUAGCUGCAGCUCAGUUGGGGACCACCACUGAUUCAGUUGAUACAUUCCCACUGGCAGAUCUUCUUUAUCUGGAACCCUUUUCAGUACCAUUUAAGAAUCUGAAGAAAGUUACUUCCCUGAAAUUUGAUGUUGCUGAUUCCGCAUUAGCAACACUUAAGGGAAUCAAAGCACUUACUGAGGUUUGUGCUGAAGAUUCUUCAUGUCAAAAUAGAAUAGCUGAUUUUGGGGUCCUGUGUUUGCUGCGACGCUUUUUGUUAAGUGAUGAUUAUGAGAAAUUGGCUGCAAUGGAAGCUUAUGAUGCUUCUAGAAUCCUUGAGACCCAGGGGAGUCCUUCAAAUAAUCUUGGUGAAUCAUCUUCCGCAACAAACGAUCCAUCCAGCAUCAGGGUUCCACCUACUGCUCACAUACGAAGGCAUGCAGCCCGGCUGUUAACUAUCCUUUCUGUCCUUCCGAAAGUGCAGAAGGUGAUUGUAGCGGAUGAAACUUGGUGUAGGUGGCUUGAGGAUUGUGCCAAUGGGAAGAUCCAAGGAUGCAGUGACCUUAAAAUACAGAGUUAUGCCAGGGCUAUAUUGUUAAAUGUGUUUUGCAGUCAAGAGAACAACGGCAACUCUGAAAAUGAUGGUAAUCCAGAGACUGGUACCUCAAAUGGAAGCCGUGUUUGUCCUCGCUAUGGUGACAUGAUCUUUUUAAUUAAUCCGGAACUGCCCCAGUGGAAGUAUUUUUUAAAAACAGAUCAAGCCAGUUCUCGGAAGAAUGGAUCUUCUUUGAGUGACGUUGAGUCUGCCAAUGGUGAGGAAGCAACCGCCAACACGGCUUCAAGCAUUAGUAACUUCUCUAGUCCUGGUGAUCUGCCUCAAAGUGCCACCGUUUCUGAGGUUCCUUUACUAGAUGUUGUCUUUGUCCAUGGUCUGCGUGGUGGGCCUUAUAAGACUUGGCGCAUAUCUGAGGACAAAUAUUCAACUAAGUCUGGUCUUGUGGAGAAGAUUGAUCAGGAAGCUGGAAAGCUAGGGACAUUUUGGCCUGGUGAAUGGCUUUCAGGUGACCUGCCUCAAGCUCGCCUUUUCACACUAAAAUAUAAGACAAAUCUAACACAAUGGUCCGGAGCUACACUGCCUCUUCAGGAAGUCAGCUCCAUGUUGUUAGGACAGCUUGUAGCUGCUGGCAUUGGGAAUCGACCUGUUGUCUUUGUUACUCACAGCAUGGGAGGCCUUGUUGUCAAGCAGAUUCUGCACAAAGCAAAGGCAGAAAAAAUUGAUAACCUAGUGAACAACACAAUUGGACUUGUAUUCUAUAGUUGCCCACAUUUUGGCAGCAAGCUUGCAGACAUGCCUUGGCGAAUGGGCCUUGUGUUACGGCCUGCUCCAACUAUAGGGGAGCUAAGAAGUGGUUCUCCAAAACUAGUAGAACUUAAUGACUUCAUUCGUCUCCUUCAUAAGAAAGGACUGCUUGAAGUCCUCAGUUUCUGUGAGACAAAGGUAACUCCAAUUGUUGAAGGCUAUGGAGGAUGGGCCUUCCGGAUGGAAAUUGUUCCAAUUGAAUCUGCAUAUCCAGGAUUUGGUGAACUUGUAGUACUAGAGUCUACAGAUCAUAUAAAUUCAUGCAAACCACUCAGCCGCUUAGAUCCGUCAUACACUGAAACAUUAGAAUUCUUGAGGAGGCUUAAAGCCCAGUAUACACAUUGAGAUGUUCUAAUAUACCUUUUUUUUGGAAGCUGGUAGAGAAAUCUUUACGCCGGAGCAUAAACUCCAUCUUCAGUUCUUGGGGCCUGCGGACUGGUAAUUAACCAAUAGAGACGACUUACCAACAUCCAUCUCUACUGUAUUUUCACAACAAUUUGUAACAAUUUUGUUGUGCCCAUUAUUUCUUUAGCUGCUUUUCAGCUGUAUGUUAAUUUCUUUUCCUCAUUAUUUUUCUUUUUCAUUUGCUUACUUGUGUAUAUAAAUAGACAAUUGGUUAAGUAGUAUUCUAAAUGCUGUAUAUACGAUACAAAGCUGAAGUGUCUCC